AUGAAACAACUACGUCAAAUUAAUGAUUAUGUUGUAUUCCAUACUCAACUCGAAUCUUGCAUUACUUUCAUUCAAUCGAUUCAUAAUGAAAAAAUCUUGUUCAUCUCUUCAAUUUAUGAUGCAUCACAAAUAUUACCUCAUAUUGCAAUGUUACCUCAAAUUGAUAGCAUAUUUGUUUUCAAUUGGGAAAAAUUAGAUCAUGAACAUUUACUUGUUGAACAUUCAAAACUUAUUGGUAUCUAUGAUGAAUUCGAUUUAUUGAGUUUAUCAAUCCAAGAACAAAUCGAUUUUCUCGAUGAACAUUUAGAAACAUUCAGUUUCUUCGAUGAAGAUGAAUACUUAACAAAAGAUCUAUCAAAACAAACUGCUGAUCUUCUUUGGUUUCAAUUUUAUCAUGAUGUUCUCUUUGAAUUAACACAUAAUGAAGAAACUAAACAAGAAAUGAUUGAUGCAUGUCGUUCUUAUUAUAACGACAAUAUUAAAGAAUUAGAAAUGAUUAGGAAGUUUGAAAAUGAAUAUCAAUCAAAAGAAGCUCUUCGAUGGUAUUUGAAAAAAUCAUUUCUUUACAAAAUCAUCAAAAAAGCAUUGAAAAUCAAAGAUUUCAAUCAACUCUAUAUAUUUCGAUAUUUUAUGAAAGAUUUGAGAGAAACUUUCAUUCGAGAACAUCAAAAAAUGAUUCAAUCUGAUAAAGAAAUAUUAUUAAUCUAUCGAGGAAUGAAAUUAACAAAUGAUCAAAUCAAGAAAUUCAAAGAGAAUGAAGGUAAACUUGUUUCAAUCAAUGGAUUUUUGAGAACAAAUAUUCAUCGUUCAACUGCAUUUAAUCAAGGAAUAAAAUCUUCAAAACAAACUCAUCUCAUUUCUGUUCUCCUAGAAAUUCAAUGCGAUCUAAAACAGCUGAACAACAAUAUCAUUGCUAUUGAUAGUGUUGAUUUUAGUGAAUUUUCAAGUGAAGAACAACAAGAAAUUUUCUUCGAUUCAAAUGUCACUUUUCGAUUAAAAAGUAUGAGAAUGGAAGAAGAUAUGUGGUUUAUUGAAAUGAUUGCAUCAAAUCAAGGUGAAAUUAUCAAAGAAAAAUAUAUAAAAGACUCACAUCGUCAAAUGGAAGGUUUAAGUAUGAGAAUUCUCUUUGGACGAUUGAUGUGUGAUAUGGGUCAAUGGAAUCAAUCACAACAAUUCUUUGAACAUUUAUUGAACAACUCGAAUAGUAACAAUGAAGAUAUUGGAAAGAUUGAAUAUAGUCUUGGUGAAGUUCUUCAAUGGAAAGGAGAAUGGAGUGAAGCACGAAGAUAUUAUGAUCUUGCUUAUGAACGGAUGAUGAAUGUAAAACCAAUACGACUCAAGGAUUCAGCUGAUAUACUGUUCAAUAUUGGUGAGAUUCUUUAUCUAGAAGGAAAGUACGAAGAAGCUCAUGAUUAUUAUGAACGAGUUUUGGCAAUGCGAAAAGAAAAUUCUUCCUGUACCAAAGUUAAUAGGCCCUGUUUACCGAAUCACCGACGCAGCACGAAUUCCUUCAAUCAUGUUCUCGAUGGUAUUGUACUAUAA